AUGGAAAUUGAAGAAUUAAAAAGAUUUACACCGUAUCAGGAAAUUAUGUUACAACAUGCUAAAGAAGUAAAUCGUCAAUUAGAAUUUAUUUCAUUUCCAAUUCGUGAUCAAUCUGUACAUCAAGACAACCAACGUGUUCUUGAUUUUUGUCUUGAACUUUGUGAUCGUGUUAAACGAGGACAAGUUGUUCUUGUUCAUUGUUGGGGUGGUCAUGGUAGAACAGGAACAAUUAUUUCAAUUAUGAUUGGAAUUUUAUUUAAUUUAAAUAGUGAAGAAGCAAUAUCAAUGAAUCGACGUUUACAUGAUCAACGUAUACGUACAAAUGGAAUUCCCAGUCCAGAAACUGGAGUACAAACUAGACAAGUUCAUACUAUUCUCGAUGAGAUGUAUCACAAGAAUAAGGAUAACAAUAAACACAAUGCUUAA